UGCCCGGGCCGGCGUGGGUACGAAGCCUGCGCAGGGGGCUUGGAACCCGGGGCGCAGCUUCCAGCUCCUCCAGUUCUGGGGCCCGGACCCCCGCGCGCAGGGGGAGCCUUGCGAAUUACACCCUCGUAAAUUACGCCUCCGCCGGACCGGGCCCCUCCCCCGCGCCGAGAUCGCGCAGGGAGGAUGCUGAGACCCCCGCGGAGGCUGUGCUCGGGGCGCUCGGGCACCCGAAUCCUGCUCGGCACUGUUGAGGCUGCCCCCCUGGAAGGUGGACGUUCUGGGACCCGCGCCCUGGGCGACCUGGCCUUGAGUGGGGACCGUAUCUGGAAAAGCCUCCGUUCCCACCGGGUGCCCAGCCUGCCUCUGAUGGCCGCGCGGGGACGGGGCAAUGGACAAGGAGAAAAGUCCGGUGCUGGAGCUCGCGAUCCCGCGAGGACGAGAGAGUCCGCACACGCGGUAAACUGGCACAACGUAAAAUGUGCUCGAGAUGGGUGCCAGAAAAACGCGGAAAUCGGGAUGGCUGAGCUUCCGAGCUCGGUAACAAUGUACCGAAACCACGCGGCCUCUGCACGGAAGGCGGUGACCCCCAGAAGGCCCCUACCAUGGCUCUUCCCUCAGAGUCGAGGGAACACACGGCUACCCUCGGAGAGAGGACGUUCAACUGUUGCUACCCAGGUUGCCAGUUCAAAACCGUUCACGGCAUGAAAGACCUGGACCGUCAUCUUCGAAUCCACACGGGAGACAAACCACACAAGUGUGAGUUCUGCGACAAGUGCUUCAGCCGGAAAGACAACCUGACCAUGCACAUGCGGUGCCACACAAGUGUCAAGCCACACAAGUGUCACCUGUGUGACUAUGCCGCCGUGGACAGCAGCAGCCUCAAGAAGCACCUGCGAAUCCACUCGGACGAGCGGCCCUACAAGUGCCAGCUCUGCCCCUACGCCAGCCGCAACUCCAGCCAGCUCACCGUGCACCUGCGCUCCCACACCGGGGACACCCCCUUCCAGUGCUGGCUCUGCAGUGCCAAAUUCAAAAUCAGCUCGGACUUGAAAAGACACAUGAUUGUCCACUCGGGGGAGAAGCCUUUCAAGUGCGAGUUCUGUGACGUCCGCUGCACCAUGAAGGCCAACCUCAAGUCGCACAUCCGCAUCAAGCACACCUUCAAGUGUCUGCACUGCGCCUUCCAGGGCCGGGACCGAGCCGACCUGCUGGAGCACAGCCGGCUGCACCAGGCUGACCACCCUGAGAAGUGUCCCGAGUGCAGCUACUCCUGCUCCAGCGCGGCCGCCCUGCGCGUGCACAGCCGGGUCCACUGCAAGGACCGCCCCUUCAAGUGCGAUUUCUGCAGCUUCGACACGAAGCGGCCCAGCAGCCUGGCCAAGCACGUUGACAAGGUGCAUAAGGACGAGGCCAAGACGGAGAACAGGGCCCCGCAGGGCAAGGAGGCACCGAGAGAAAGUGGCUCCCACCCCGUGGCCAGGAUAGUGACCCAGAGGGCCUUCCGCUGUGAGACGUGUGGGGCGUCCUUUGUCAGGGACGACUCUCUGAGAUGCCACAGGAAGCAGCAUAGUGACCAGAGUGACAGCAAGAACUCGAACUUGGUCACCUUCCCUCCUGAAAGCAGCACCCCAGUGCAGCUUGGCCCCCUGGUCUCCGUCGGGCAGCUCGAGGUGCCACUGGAGCCCAGCCAUGACCUCUAGUGUGGCCGGGGUUGGGGGUACCACUGCGAGGCCAUCGAGGUAGACUUUGGCCAUCAGUUCUGGCCUCCAGCACCAGUGGUUGAUGUCACGUGACACGAGGGCCUAGGCCAGAGCUACGCUGCGGGCCCCUUCUCCUUAGCUCUGUGUUCCCUACAAGAAGUACCUGGGCAAGUGGCCUUGCUCGUUCAGAUACAGGGUCCACUGAGCAUGGAUCUGUCCGGUAAGGAGAGCCUCUUCGUGAUGGAUGCCGACUUUAAAAGUGAUCAUCUCUGACGGAGUCGUUAACCUAGUUAGACAGCAUAGAAAUCUCAAGCUAAACUGAUGUGUGCGGUGGGCCCGGUUAAGAGAACCGGGAGCGUGAAGGGUCCGCAGUGACUGGGAAAGUUGUAUUUCUUCACCUGGAUGGUUACCAGUGAUACGUUUGUGCGGUUUCUUUUAUGUUUUAUAAUAAAAGGGCAAAUUCA